AUGGAGUGGCAGCUUCUGGCAUUUGCCAUUUGCCUCAGUUUGGCUACCUCGAAUUCAGCAGACUGUUCGGCUCAGUGCUCCGCAUGUGCUCUUCACAAUCAGGAUGUGGAUAAGCUGGUCAGCCCCUUGAUAUGCUCCCUGGGGUGCCAAGGCUCCUUGCUGUCCAGCGCUGAGUGGGAGAAGUGCAAGAAAGCGCUGUCCUUCCUCGCCCCUUUCCUGAUCGAGGGGGAGCCCGACAGACUAUCCCAGGGGGAUGAAGAGGAGGAGCCUGAACAGGAAGGCGACCCCAGACCCAGGGAGGUGUACACUGGGCCGGCCAAACGUUACGGAGGCUUCAUGAAGAAGCUGGACAAGAACAAGAUCUUUUCUCUCCUCCGCGAGAACGCCCUUGCCAAGGGGAGCAUGGCAAAGAAGUACGGUGGGUUCUUCCGGAAGGUGGGGGAGAGGGAAGCCUCUGAGGUGGGUGCCGAGGAGGAAUACCCGGCCUCUCUGGAGACCAGGGAUCUGGCCUCAAACGGGGAAGAGUCGGAUGUGGGUUUGCUCAAGGAUGAGGUGAAACGCUACGGGGGUUUCCUCCGCAAGUAUCCCAAGCGAGGUUCUGACACGGCGGCCGCCGAGGAGGGCAGGCAAGAGCUGGGGGACCUGCGCAAGCGCUACGGGGGCUUCAUGCGCAGGAUCCGACCCAAGCUGAAGUGGGACAAUCAGAAGCGCUACGGAGGGUUCCUGCGGCGCCAGUUCAAGGUGACCACCAGGUCGGAGGAAGAGCCCAACGCCUACUCAGAGGAGGUCUAUGACCUAUAG